GAGUGUCUGUCAGAGGACGCUCUGAAGAGUGGACAGUAUGGUGUUGGACUCCGGGCAGCAAAAUCCGAAUUCAUGGAUGAUGUUCAGACACACAUAUGGGUGAGAAAGAGCAUAUGAAGACUCUCUUUUUUGGAUUUCACAGCCCACUCCCAAAACGAAUUCAAGAAAAAUCGAAUCACCACAAGCAACUUAUAACAUCGAACUGCACAGGAGCGAUUUCAAUUAAAUCAAACCCAUGGCUGUGAUACAGAGCCAGCUGACCGCUACGCUCCUGACUUCCAUCGUGGCAGCGGUCUUUGGCUCCCUGCAAAUUGGAUAUCACACAGGGAAUGUCAACGCUCCAGCCAGGAUCAUUGAGGAGUUCUUCAAUGUGACAUGGAGGUCUCGACACAAUCAGUCCAUGCCCGACCACAGUCUCACCUUUCUGUGGUCACUCUCUGUCAGCAUCAAAGACUUUGGAGCCCUCCUGGGGUCACUUGGGGUCAAAUGUCUUGCAGACUAUUAUGGAAGACGGAAUUCCAUCCUGAUCGUGAACAUCUUGUCCAUCAUAAGUGCCUGUUUGAUGGUCUCCAGCAAGAGCCUGCAGUCCUUUGAGGUCCUUAUCAUGGGCCGGCUGAUCUUUGGUCUAUUCUGUGGCCUUGCCAUGAGCCUAAACCCCCUCUAUAUCCAGGGGGUCUCGCCCACCAACCUACGUGGUGCCUUUGCCACCCUGAACCAGGUCUCCUUUGCUUCGGGCAUUCUGUUGGGCAUGGUGGUCGGCUUGGAGACCGUUCUGGGCACAGAGGAUAACUGGGCCAUGAUGCUGUCUUUGUCCCUCAUCCCUGCGGUGUUGCAAUAUUUGACCCUACCUUUCUGUCCAGAGAGUCCUCGCUACCUGCUUAUCAACCAGGGCAAGGAGGAGCAGGCAGAAAAAGCCUUGCAGAGACUCCGGGGCAAUCCUAACAUAGUCUUGCAGGAACUAGAGGAGAUGAAAGAGGAGGCGACCAACAGCGAAUCGGGUGUCACCAUCAGAGAAUUCCUCACAAAGAGGCGCUACAGGCAGCCAAUCAGACUGGUUCUGAUUAUCAAUUUGGGCAGCCAGUUGUCUGGUUUCAAUGCAAUUAUAAAUUAUUCAACAAAAAUAUUUGACAAGUCAAAAUUUGAUGAGGCGAAAUAUCUGACGCUGGGGGUUGGGGCCGUCAAUGUGGCAUUCACCAUAGUCGCUUUUUUCUUGGUGGAAAGAGCUGGCCGCAGGCGCUUGCUUCUGACCGGCUUCCUGUCUUUGGCACUAUGCAACAUGAUGAUGACCAUUACAGAUUCCAUCCUGCAUAUUGUGCCAGAUGUGCGGAGCCUGCAUGUCUUCGUGGUGUUUUUCCUCAUCUCUUCGUAUGAGGUCGGGCCGGGGCCCAUUUCCUGGUUCAUUGCUGCAGAACUCUUUGACCAGUCUGCCCGGCCCAUGGCCAUGGCCUUCACUAGCAUGCUCAACUGGGGAGGGAAGUUUCUGCUGGCACUGCUAUUCCCUCCACUACUCAAACUCUGUGGACCUUAUGUAUAUCUGCUCUUUAUGGCAAUGGCCAUUGUAUCAUUCUUCUACACCCUGUUCCGUCUGCCCGAGACCCGUGGGCGUACGUUUGAUGACAUUGCAGCAGAGUUCCGUGGGUCAGAGGGCAUCCUGCUCCGAAACAAGACCAACUUCAACACAUUCAGCACCUGAGUGGCCCAGAUACACCAACAACAUGCAGCACGAGCUGCCUCAGACACAGCUGUGAGCUUCUGUCCUCAACAGGUCUCUUUCUGUGUGCUGUGCUCUACAAGUCUUUGAUGGCUAGGACUUGGACAAUGACAAUGCUCUCCUGUUGAGUGAGUGUAAUCUGAACAUGGGUGAUCAUUUUUUUUCUACAUAUUUUACCGUUACAGUUAAUAUUCUUCAGUCUCGCUUGCAGGAUGUACUUCUCUGAGGGUUGGAUUGUAGUACUGAGAAGAGAAUUUACCUCUCCAAGUUAUUAUUGGCCUGUGAAUUCUGGCACACCUCUGACCUGUGUACAUUUGAAACACUCAUGUGAAUGAUAUGAGGUUGCUGAGUGCGAAGACCAGACAUCUUUGCCUUUGCUUGAAUGACUUGAUUGAGGCUCAUGAAUGGAAAGACCACAUGAUGCCUCUGGAGAAGAGAUACCAUAACAGGUAUUUUAUUGUUUUAAUGUAUAGUAUAUUGUAUGUUUAUUUAUGUAAAUGUAUACAGCAAACAAAAAGGUACAUUUAAAUAAAUUAAAUCAAUCGUCCAUGUACUGUAGGCCUAUAACUCCAUGUAAAAAGUCACACAAGAGGAUGAAAAAAAUAAUGAACUCACAAACACCAAGGUGGGUCAUUUGUACUCCACUGUGUGUUGUCUAUAACAAGGUCAACUAAUUAGUGGAAUUGAAGAGGGGGAUUUCUUGUUAGCAGAGAACAUCCAUUAAAAGUAGGCAAGUAUAAACACACACUCAAACUGUGGAAAAAUGACACAGACGGAGACAAGCCGUCGAAAUUUUUACUGCACAAUUAAACCGAGCCAUAAAACAUAUCAGCUUUUCUUUACAGUCUCUCAUAGGUCUAUAAUGAGAACCUGUUGUAUCUGUCAGUUACCUUUCGUGAGGAGAGGGCCACGUACUGAGAAAUGUGUGCUUGUUAGGCCUAAUUAUACUUCCAACUUGAGCAGAAUGUCACAGCACUGUUUUAAUAUGCUUGAUGCAACCUGCCAGUUAAAGAAUAGAAGUCAAAAAUAGCACAAUAAUGGUUCCUGACAUGUUGAAUCACUCAAUUGUUUCCAUUUAUACAAACAAAUUUGGCUUUCAUCAGAAUAUGUAAGGUCAAAAAUAGCUCCGAUAUCCCUGCUUUCAUCAUAGGUGUCUGAUAUUGUCUAAAGCGUCUUUUCCACUCCAUGAAACCUGUCAUGGCAAUUACAGGUAAGAAAUUCAGAUGUGUCAAACAGUGCCAUCUAGCUUAUGUGCAUCUGAGGCCAGUUUUUGUUUAGCAUCUUGCCUGAAAAACCGAGAGUUGAGUUACAAAUUAUGCAGGAAAUCAAAGAUCCAAACACUGAACUUGCUUUUAAUGACUGGUAUAACAGAGUAGCUAGUAUCAAGCACUUGUUGCAAACUUGAAGCAAUCUCUGAAUAAAUGACACACCACAUUGUUUUUAUCUAAUGGAAGGAAUCAAGAGUGCUUGAGACAACUGGUUGGUCUUGUGUGUGAUAUAUUUUAUAUAAAUGUCGAUGAAACAAAUAAUAAAUCCCUUCAUCUCAUUGUCAUUGUUUUAACUGAAAUAAAUGCAUGCAUAUGUGUGCCUGUGUUUGCUGUGGAACAACAUCACAUUCUAGAGCUUUAACCACAACAGUCUCCAAUCCCUCUCAUCAUGGAGUCUCGCACUGUUCAUUGUAACUGGGGCGAGACGUGUUCAUUCAGCAAAAUCUGUGUUUAAUUAAUAUCAACAACAGAGCAUGUUACAACAAAAAAAAAAUACACUAUAAUCACCUACUUCCGACCAACAAGCUCUCUGUAUUUCACUGGGUGGUCAGUCAGACAAUCAGGGUAACAAUUUCUCUCUGGUGUUAUAUAUAUAUGGUUAUUUUCCCUCCAAAUAUUUUGUAUUUUAUAAGCAGCUAAACAAAUCAGUUGGGCCAGCAGAAAAAGCUCUGUAAUGUGCUUGGAAGUUAGAUCUGCAUAUGCUGGAGAUAGAUGGCUCAUUCCUCAAACAAUGAACCACAGAGAAGAUUAAUGUGAUUGAUGCUGAUGUCAUUUCCUGGUAGAUUGUGAUGAGGGAAAAGGAGUUUAAAUAAGCUGGUGCUGCACUCUGGUCCUGCAUUGGUGACCUAUGUUCAUAUGCAUCUAUGGCAGCAGAGGUGAUAAGCAAUGUUGUGCUCUUUGUAUUGCUGACCUAUGUUCAUAUGCAUCUAUGGAAGCAGAGGUGAUAAGCAAUGUCAUACUUUUUUUAAUGAAAGCGUUUUAAUUGCUAGCUUGCCAUUGUAGUCAAGUGUGUGUGUGUGGUGGGGGGACCACCAUGCCAUUGCACUGAAACUUGUAGCUUGUAUGUGAUAUGAGCUACUA